AUGUCGACUCAAAUCAACGGUACCUCGUCAGGCGGGGACUACACCGUUCCAUUCUUCAUUGACGGUGAAAAGGUCGUUCCUGAAAAGACAUUCGACGUCGUGUCGCCCGCCACCGGAAAGGCUGUUCACAAAUGUGGCAGCGCAACUGAAAAGGAUGCCCUUGCGGCAGUCGACUCUGCUGCCAAAGCAUUUAAGAGCUGGAAGAAGACGACGUUGAUUCAGCGUCGAGACAUCUUUCUGAAGGCUGCCGCCAUUAUGGAGAGUCGCAAGGAGGAGCUGGCUCGCAUCAUGUCUGAAGAAACCGGCGCGGCUGCUGGGUGGUCCGAAUUUAUCCUGGGCCUGGGCAUUGGCUGUGUCAAGGACGUUGGCGGACGCCUUGUUACCGUGGAGGGUUCCGUCCCGGCAACAAACGACCCGAACCUCAGUGCCAUCGUUUUGAAGGAGCCUUAUGGAGUCGUUCUUGCGAUUGCGCCCUGGUCAGUAGAUUACGCCAGAUGCCAUCGACCUGGCAAUACAGCCAUUCUCAAGGCCUCGGAGUUUUCUCCGCGAACGCUUGUGGAGAUGGUAUCUUGCUUCCAUGAGGCUGGCCUGCCCAAAGGUGUGCUGAACGUGAUUGUUCACGAGCCUGCCAACGCCGCCGCAAUCACAACAUCUCUGAUCGCCCACCCUGAAGUCAAGAAGAUCAACUUCACCGGCAGCACCGUCGUCGGGCGCAUCAUCGCCAAGCAGGCAGGCGAGCACCUGAAACCCGUGUUGCUUGAACUGGGAGGCAAGGCUCCGGCCAUUGUAUGGGAGGACGCCAACCUCGACCUGGCCGCGGAUCAAUGCGCAGUCGGCUCUUUCCUCCACGGAGGUCAGAUUUGCAUGAGCACAGAGCGAAUCAUCGUUCACAAGAAGGUCAGCGAGGAGUUCCAGGCUAAGCUGUCUGCCUCGAUUGAGAAGAUCUUUCCAACAAAAUCCGAUGCGCCCGUUCUCAUCAACGCAGUCGCUGUUGAAAAGAACAAGAAACUCAUCAAGGAUGCGGUUGGCAAGGGCGCCGCCGUCGUCGCGGGCAAUGUCGAUGCUGAGGAAACGUCCAAGACCAGGUUGCGGCCGAUUGUCAUCAAGAACGUCAGCACAGACAUGGACAUCUACAAGACCGAGUCUUUCGGUCCGUCCGUUUCGCUCUUCGAGGUCGAGACCGAGGAGGAAGCGCUGAAGAUUGCCAACGACACCGAGUAUGGUCUGACGUCUGCUGUCUUUACGGAGGAUCUGCGUACAGGUCUGCGAUUCGCCAAGGAGAUCGAAUCAGGAGCCGUCCACAUCAAUAACAUGACUGUUCACGAUGAGAGUGGAUUGCCCCAUGGCGGUGUCAAAUCGAGCGGCUUUGGAAGGUUCAACUCGACGGGCUUGGAGGAAUGGGUGAGAACGAAGACGAUUACUUACAGAAACUGA